AUGCUUCGGGAGACCAAAGUCCUCCACCUCCGGCGCGCCAUCGCGGCCUCGUUCUUCUUCGCCACCGUUUCCCUCUCUUGCUUGGUCUUAUUCGGAGACAUUGAUUCGCACCGAUUUUUCUCCACCUUCCCUUACUCUUAUUCUGUUUCUCUGUCUGGUAUUUCUAGCAUUUUUCCGUCGGUGCACAACGAUCCCAUUGAGACUAGCAAUGACUAUCAACUUGAGAAGGUACUGAAUGAAGCUGCUAUGAAAGACAGAACUGUAAUCUUGACUACGUUAAAUGAAGCAUGGGCAGCUCCAAAUUCAGUCAUUGAGCUUUUCCUUGAAAGCUUUAGAAUAGGAGAUCGUACCAGUGCCUUUUUAAAUCAUUUGGUAAUCAUUGCAUUGGACCAAAAGGCAUUUGCCCGCUGUCAGGCUAUACAUACUCAUUGCUUUUGUCUUGUUAGUGAAGAAGCUGACUUUCGUGAAGAGGCGUACUUCAUGACCCCUCGCUACUUGAUGAUGAUGUGGAGAAGAAUUGAUUUCCUACGCUCUGUUCUUGAAAUGGGAUACAAUUUUGUAUUCACAGAUGCCGAUAUCAUGUGGUUUAGGAACCCAUUUCCACAGUUUUACUCUGAUGCAGAUUUCCAGACAGCGUGUGAUCAUUUCACAGGUAGAUUUGAUGAUGUAGAGAACAGACCCAACGGAGGGUUCAACUAUGUAAAGUCCAACAAUAGGUCAAUAGAGUUUUACAAAUUCUGGUACUCUUCACGAGAAACCUAUCCUGGAUUCCAUGAUCAAGAUGUGCUUAACUACAUCAAGACUCAUCCUUUCAUUACUGAUAUUGGACUGAAGAUGAGGUUUUUGGAUACAUCAAAUUUUGGUGGCCUUUGUGAACCAAGUAGAGAUUUAAAUCAUGUUUGUACCAUGCAUGCAAACUGUUGCUUUGGUUUGGAAAGCAAGCUUCACGAUCUUAGAAUUAUGCUUCAGGAUUGGAAACAUUAUUUAUCCUUGCCUCCUAGUUUGAAGAAGUUGUCGGUUGUUUCCUGGAGGGUUCCUCAAAAAUGCAGUCUUGAUUCUCUCAGGCACUAUGAUGCAGCAGGAACGAGUGUUAAAGAAUAA